AGUCGUCCGCAAGAAAUGGCUAGCAUCUAUUCGCCGACGAAGUUGGACAAAAGAUCUUCGCGAACUGGCCUUCGUGCUGCAGCACUUAUCGCGAAGCGCGUGAUGCGGCACAGCCUUAUCGGAGAAGGGACAAUAGAGAGAAGUACAAUCGCACUCUCAGACCUGUCGAUAAUCUACUUCACGAACGUCUGGAGCCCAACUAGUACAUUCUUCAAUUGUAGACUGAAGGAAAAAGACGUGAUGGAACGGCUGGUCAGUUCAAGGCGGCCAGUGCCCCACAUUUUCGUGACAUUUCUCUUAAUUGCAGCAUCAGCUCAGGCGCAGCUCAAUACAAACGAAGUUGAGGCCACGCAAUUCUUGGAAGAUCUAGAUCCAAUUUACUUGAAGGAGGCCAACACCCAGAUGACGACUCGAUGGCAGUCCAUCACUGAUAUUACCGAAGAGCAUUCUCAGGCGGAAAUCGCAGCCAACGUCAAUUACCUCGCCUUUCAGAAAGAGGCAUGGGGUAAUGUGACCAAGUUUGAUUAUUCCGGUUUCAACGAUGCAUACGUUAAGCGCGAAUUUCAAUACUUGAACAUCAUUGGGCCAGCUGCUUUAGACACCGCAGACGCACAAAGAUACACGCAACUGUCAAGUGAGAUGGAAACCAUCUACAGUUCGGCAAAAGUUUGCAAACAAGACGAUCCCAACGUCUGCAUGCCCCUCGAUCCAGACUUAACUGAGAUUAUGGCGACAUCCACCAACUACACCGAACUGGAAUACGUCUGGACACAAUGGCGAGAGGUGGCAGGAAAACCCGUCAGACAGAAAUAUAUCGAGUUUGUCGCACUCAAUAACAAAGCUGCUACCCUUAACGGUUACAAGGAUAUGGGCUCAUUAUGGAACGAAUACUAUCUCUACGAAGGCUACUCAGAAGAUGAGUUCAAAGCUGCAAUUGAAGAAUUAUGGAAAGCUGUCAAACCUCUUUAUGAACAGCUUUACACCUACGUCAGAAGGAUUUUGUCCACGACGAUCUACAAGGACCAGCUGCAGCGAUAUGGCCGUCUCCCUGCUCACGUUCUAGGAAACAUGUGGGCUCAAUCCUGGGGAAAUAUUGCCAAGCAUGUCUUACCUUAUCCAGAUGCUCCGGCCGUCGACGCCACACCAGAAAUGAUUGCCCAAGGUUACACAGCCAAGAAAAUGUUCGAGCUGUCGGAAAAGUUUUUUUACGAUCUGGGCUUGGACAACAUGACCAAAACUUUUUGGGAUCUGAGCAUGAUUGAGAGACCUGAUGACGGCCGUGAAGUGGUCUGUCACGCUUCGGCUGAAGAGUUCUUUUUCGGUCCCGGCAGUGAUACUACCGUCCGCGAAGAUUGGCGCAUCAAAAUGUGUACCACGAUUACGCAAGAAGAUUUCGUGACUGUCCAUCACGAAAUGGGGCACAUCCAAUAUUUCAUGAAUUACUGCAAUCAACACUGGGUCUUCCGCAACGGUGCCAAUCCCGGUUUCCAUGAGGCAAUCGGUGACACGAUCGCUCUGGCUGUCUCUACUCCAGCUCAUUUGAAAAAAUUGGGACUUCUGCCGGCAACGACCUCUGCUAAAACUAAACCCCGCGACGCCAAACUACCCGAACUCCCGGCCGGAGUAUCUGAACAAGAUCUCAACUACUUACUGAGCCAAGCUCUAGAAAAGAUUGCUUUCAUUCCGUUCGGUUACCUUAUGGAUAAGUGGCGUUGGUCUGUCUUCGACGGCAGCACCGAUGACACUAAUUUGAACGAGAACUGGUGGAAAUUGCGCCAAGAGUUGCAAGGUUUAAGGGCCCCAGUCUAUCGCAACGAGUCGGACUUUGAUCCCGGAGCCAAGUAUCACAUCCCGGCCAACGUCGAAUACAUUCGGUACUUUGUCAGUUACAUCAUCCAGUUCCAAUUCUACGAAUCCCUAUGCAAAGAGGCUGGCCAAUUUGAUCCAGCUAAUCCUGAAUUACCGUUGUACAAGUGCGAUUUCGAUGGCAGUAAAGCAGCCGGAGCCAAACUUAAGGCGUUGUUGGAACCUGGAUUCUCCAAGCCUUGGCCCGAUGCAUUGGAGGCUCUUACAGGAAGCCGAGUGAUGGAUGCGACAUCGUUGCUCGCUUACUUUGAUCCUCUUAUGCAGUGGCUAAAAGAAGCCAACGCUGACGACUGUCUCGGAUGGGAAUGUGAAACUUUCGCAGCCGAUUACAUGAAGAACGAGUACGAAACAACAACAUCUUACUUGUACAAUCAAGCCACUAUUGCCGAAUGGAAUUACGAGACCAAUUUGACGGAUGCCAACGGACAAAAUUCGACGGAAUGGAGCGUCAAAGUGGCAAAUCACAUAAAACAGUCGUGGGAAGAAUAUAUUACUCAGUUUGAAUAUGAGACAUUCGUGGAUGAAUCGCUCAAACGUCAGCUUGAACUGCUGCAAUCACUCGGGGUGGCCGCUCUCUCCGAGGAGGAUUUGACUAACCGCACAACCGUCAUCAACAACAUGAUGAACCAAUACAGCAGUGCAAAAAUUUGCCCGUACCAAAAGCCAUCCUGUAAAGACGAGGAGAAACUCGCUCUUGAGCCAGAUAUCGAAUCAAUUUUGGCGACAAGCACGGACUACGACGAGCUCAAUUACGUCUGGAGUGAGUGGCGUAAAAUCGCAUCUCGACCCAUGAUUCAUGAUUACGAACAGUAUGUCGAGCUGAACAACAAAGUCGCUGAAGUAAACGGCAAAGAAGACAUGUCCGUCCUGUGGAAAGAACCCUACGAGACCGAAGACUUUCAGCAACAGUUGGAAAAAAUUCUUAAUGAGACUAAGCCUUUCUAUGAUGUUCUUCAUGCUUACACCCGUAUGAAGUUGCGAGAGAGAUAUGGCGAGGAUAAAUUUCCGAAAGAUAAAUCACCGAUUCCUGCUUCAGUAUUAGGAAACAUGUGGGCACAAACGUGGGAAAAUCUUUACGAUUUGUUGGCUCCUUAUCCAGAUGCUCCAACUGUGGAUGUUACUCAAGAAAUGAAUAAUCAAAAAUGGACCGCCCGUAAAAUGUUUGAAGUAGCUGAAGAGUUCUACACCUCGCUUGGUCUUCUUGCUAUGCCCACUUGCUACGGAAAUGAUUCUAUGAUCGAGAAACCUACUGAUGGCCGUGAAGUUGUCUGUCACGCGUCUGCUUGGGAUUUCUCCGAUGGAAAAGAUUUCCGCAUCAAAAUGUGCACCGGCAUUGAUAUGGCUGACCUUAUUACCGUUCACCACGAACAAGGCCACAUCCAGUACGACCAGCAAUACAAAGACCAACCCGUUACAUUCAGGGAUGGAGCAAAUCCAGGUUUCCACGAAGCGAUUGGUGACGUCAUGGCCUUGUCAGUUGCAACACCGAAACAUUUAAGCAAAAUCGGACUUCUUAAUGACUACACCCCAUCCAUCGAAACAGAUCUCAACUUUUUGAUGAAAACUGCCCUGGAAAAGGUCACUUUCUUGCCGUUUGCUUACGUUAUGGAUAGUUGGCGUUGGGAAGUUUUCCAAGGAAAAUAUGAUUCAUCCAACUGGAUGAAGAGAUGGAUGCAAUUAACCGAGACCUACCAAGGCAUCGUUCCACCCAGCAUUCGCUAUCAAGAUGACUUUGAUCCUGGAGCAAAGUAUCACAUAGCAGCCGAUGUGGAGUACAGCAGAUACUUUGUGGCCAAUGUCCUUCAAUUCCAAAUUCACAAGGCUCUCUGCGUAGAAGCUGGCGAGUUCGACCCAGCCGAUCCGGAAAAGCCUCUUUACCGUUGCGACAUUUAUCAGAAUAAAGACGCUGGAAAAAUCAUGGAAACAUUAUUGAAAGCUGGACUUUCCAAGCCAUGGAGAGAGACUCUAAACGAAACCAUCGGAGCUUCAGAGCUGGAUUCUUCGGCCGUUAUAGAUUACUUUAAACCACUGCAAGUUCAUUUGGAAAAAGAGAUAAAAGACAAGGAAGAAAUUGGAUGGGUGUCCAAAUAUCAGGAAUUUUAUGUAGAUGGGGAAAGAUACCCAGUAGGUGACAACACGGUACCAAUUAUCGUUGGUUCCGUCUUGGCCGCUUUGGUGGUGAUUGUCAUUGUUGCUUACUUCAUUGGGCGCUCUCGCAACAACAAGAGACGCAAGGCGGCGGCGGCGCUUAACGGCAAUGACAAUCCAACAGCCGUUACGCUCGAGUAAAAAGCAAAAAUUAACAAAAAUGGUCCUCUGCUACUCUUGUUUUCUUAAAGAAUUCCAUUUUAAACAAAUUUCGUUUCACUUUGCUUUGAUUCAACGAUGUCAAGAGGAGAAAGUGGCGGUUGCUCAAGUAAAUACAUUACAGUACAGCAAGGGAA